AUGAUAGGAAAACGGAUUGCACAUCAAAAUAUAUCUUUCUCAAGGGUUCUUUCAUCGGCGCCUUCAACUUCAAAAGCCAAAUCAAAGGUUAAUUGUGCUGUUUAUGGAUGUGGUCUUUCUGCUUCCGGCGCCCUCGCUAUUCCAAAACUUGUUCAUAACAAUAAUAUUGAUGAAGCCUUUGUAACAGCGCCGGAAGCCAAAUUCCCGAAAAGAAUUACAUUCUUCAACACUGAAAAUAUUCGCCACAUUUCCGCGGGCUUCGGAUUUUCCUUAUUUGCUUCAAAUAAAAAGCUUUAUGGUGCCGGUUUGAACAAUAGAUUUCAGAUUGGCGGACAUAUAGCAGAUAUGGAACGUAGGAGAGGUCAAGAAUAUUACAUAAGUGCGAAGAAAAUUAAAAUACCAAUGAAUGAGAAUGAUAAAAUCUUGGGAAUUUCAAGCGGAAGAGCUCAUUCUUUGAUUCUCACAACGAAUGGAGUGUAUGCAAUUGGAGAGAAUCAAUAUGGACAGUGCGGAGUGAAUCCUGAUCUGUCUAACACUUCUGUCGGGGUUGGAGAUUCUCCGCUACAGAAGAUUCAAGUGGGAUCCGAUUAUCCAAUAGUAGGGGUUCAUUGCUCAUUAGAUUCUUCAUUUCUACUUAAUAAAGCUGGAGAAGUGUUUGCUUUCGGAUUGAAUGAAGAUGGGCAAUGUGCUAAUGAGGAAUACGGGAUCCAAUGGAAACCUUCGAAAAUCAAAGGAGACGCCGCUGGCGUGAAAAUCAAAUUGGUAACAGGGAGUACUGACACGUUGAUGGCAAUAUCAGAAACCGGACAACUAUUCAUUUGGGGGCAGACUGAGUAUAACCAAGCAACAGAAGCUUGUUCCGAUAUUCAGUUGAAUGUUUCUCGGCAAAUUUGCAUCUCGUCGAGAAUUGGAAAAAUUGUUUCGGCAGCUUCAACCUCAACAUCGUGCGCUGUAGCCAAUGACAGCGGAGAAGUUUAUGUAUGGGGUGUCGGAGUUCUGGGACUCGGGCCGAAUUGCGAUCGUCUAGCGAGACCGACGAAAAUGGAUCAGCCACUUUUUGAUGACAAGAAAGUUACGAAUGUUUUUGGCGGAAAUUGUAAUUUUGGAGCGUUCAAUUCAAAUGGGAGAUUGUAUGUCUGGGGAGAGAAUAGGUUCGCCACAAUCGGACUUGGUCACAUGAAUCGUCAACUCUUUCCAUACCAAUUAUUUGUUCCUGGUGAUAUUCGCAGUGUGUCAUUGGGACCUGAUCAUUCCCUUAUUUUAAUUCAUUGA